AUGGCUUUCACAAAUCUUUCAUCACAAUUGCGCUGGUUCGAGAUGGAGCCAUUUAAGAAUGGGAUGAAGUCAGCUGAAGCAGUUACUAUCUGGCUGCAUGAAGCCGGUAUAACCUGUGCUUUCAUUGGAGAGGUCGCUUUGAGUAGCUACGGCGCUUUGAUUCCCUACAAAUUGGGCACUAGCUUAAUCGUUGCCGAUGGAAAAGUCCACGAAGCAGCCGAGGCUCUCAGCAAUCACGGCAUCGAGCCCUGCAUUAAAGGCAAGGAAUGCGACUGGGAGAAUGAUGCUCUGACUGAGGAAGCGUCAUCACCUGCGCCUUAUCACUUCCAUCUUGAUCACGGCCCCCAGGGUAACCCCCCAUUUUGGUGUGAGUCGCUCAAGUUGUACAAGAAGUCUGAUAUUGAUCCGACGCUGCCUGAUCCUGGACUGGGUGCUCCAGGGCCUGAAGACCAGAACUAUAUGGUUGUUACAGACCCUCGCUUGCCAGAACGCGGACGAUGGAAGAACAGUACGUGUCCCGUUCAGAUUCUCACAGAGCCACGAUUUUUCGAGACCAUAUUCAACCAGGCAGUCAAUUGUAGGUCAGGUGAAUAUUCUGCUGAUGAGCUCGCUCCCUGGGAAGGGAAUGUAGUUCGGCUGAAAGAGAUGAUUGAUGAUGCAGAGCUGCAAAGCCAUGUAGUCGAGUUGAUCAAUGGUCUCGAAUUGCCUGUGCGUCGGUACAUUGAGCUCUUCGAUCUGGAAGACCUCAAACCCUGCCGAAAAUUCAUCUCUCAGGUGAGACUUGGGAGCAAGUGCAAGAGUUUGAAUCCUGCGACUGCUGACUGUAGAGAGAUUCUUACCAGAAUUUAUCUUAUUGCUAUUCUGUUGCUUUUACAAAUAAUACCCAGACUAUACGAAGAGUAG